AGAAACGAAAACCUUCCCAUUCGCAGCUUCACCCGGGCACCAAUUUCUCCUUCUAGAGGGAAUCCUCUCCUCACCAAGCCCAAAAUGUCGCUCUUAAUACCCGGGCUGCGCAGGGCGGCGACUAAGCUAGCUCCCAGCCCGUUCGUCUGCCGUCAAUGCCUCCGCCAGCAGCCGAGGGCAGCUCCGUCGCGGAUCCUCCGGCCCUCGCAGGCGCGGCAUGCCAGCACCGAGUCGCAAGCACGUUUUGCGAGGUACUUCACAUCUUCGGCUAUUCCUACCGGAACAACGACAACGAAUGCGUCCUCUCAGGCGGGGAAGAAAGCGUUCCCCGAAACGAGCUCCAAGGGCGCGGGGUACUGGCUGAUCGGCAGCGCCGCGAGCGUCUUCGGCAUCGUAGUGUUCGGGGGUCUCACACGGUUGACCGAGUCAGGCCUCAGCAUAACCGAAUGGAAGCCCGUGACGGGGUCCCUGCCGCCCCUCACGCAAGCCGACUGGGAAUCCGAAUUCGAGAAGUACCGCGCGUCGCCCGAAUUCCACCUGCUGAAUUCGCACAUGGACCUCGAGGAGUUCAAGAAGAUCUACUUCAUGGAGUGGACGCACCGGCUGUGGGGGCGCUUCAUCGGGCUCUCCUUCGUGCUGCCCUCCGCGUACCUGAUCGCGCGGCGGCGCGUGUCCGCGCGCGUGGCGGGCCACCUCGUCGGCAUAUCCGCGCUGAUCGGCUUCCAGGGCUUUAUAGGGUGGUGGAUGGUCAAGUCCGGCCUGAAGGACGACCUAUUCGCGCCGGGCUCGCACCCGCGGGUGUCGCAGUACCGGCUCGCGACGCACCUAGCAACAGCGUUCGUAUGCUACUCGUGGAUGCUCCUCGUCGGGCUGCGCAUCCUGCGCACCUCGCGCCUCCUCUCCUCGCCCGCCUCCGCGCAAACCCUCAUAACCGCACUCAAGAACCCAGCGCUAACGCCGUUCCGGCGCUCGGUCUCGCUUCUCACGGCCCUCGUUUCCGUGACCGUGCUCUCGGGUGCGCUAGUCGCCGGCCUCGACGCGGGGCUAAUCUACAACGAGUUUCCGAAGAUGGGGCUCGGCCUCACGCCGCCCGCCUCCGAGCUCUGGUCCAAGUUCUACUCGCGCAAGGAAGACGAGUCGGACCUCUGGUGGCGCAACAUGCUCGAGAACCCGAGCUUGGUGCAGCUGGACCACCGCAUCCUAGCCACCACGACCUUCUGCGCGGUUCUCGCCCUCUUCGCGUACUCGCGCACGGGGCGCGUGGCCGCGGCACUGCCGCCGAAGGCGAAGAAAGGGGUGUUGGGCGUCGUGCACUUAGUCUCGCUGCAGGUCGCGCUGGGUAUCAGCACCUUGAUAUACAUGGUCCCUAUCUCGCUUGCGGCGGCACAUCAGGCGGGGAGCUUGGCGCUGUUGACCGGAGUGCUAGUUCUCGGACACAGACUGCGGGUACCGAAGUCGACGAUUGCUAUCGUGCAGAAGAGGAUUGCAGCGGCGGCGAAGACGCGGUAGUUUCCGCGCACAAUAAAAUAGAGAGUAGGAAAUAGAACGUUAAAAGGGGGGAAAAGCGGGUAUAUAGGAUGAUGACUACGACGUUCACUGGACAUAUACCACGUAUUUUAUGUAAGACUUAUCA